AUGGCAGAGCUGUUUGCUGUGGUGAAGACACUUCAGGCCCUGGAGAAAGCUUACAUCAAAGACUGUGUGACUCCUAAUGAGUGAGUUUACAUACUCUCAUUGGUUGUGUGUGUGCGUGGUUCCCAACCCUGGUCCUCGAGUAUCCCCACAUUUUUAUUGUAACCCUGGACAAGCACACCUGAUUCAACUUGUCAACUAACUAAGAGUUGAAUGAGGUGUGUUUGUCCAGGGCUACAAGAGAAAUGUGUACUGUUGGGGGUAUUCAACGAUUAGGGUUGGGAAACACUGUCAUAGACUGUAAAAGAAAGGUGUGUGUGUACUAAAAAUCUUGUUUGAAUAUGGACAGUGCCUUCAGAAAGUAUUCACACCCCUUGACUUUUUCCACAUUUUGUUGGAUUAAAAUAGAUUUAAUUGUAAUUUUUUGUCAAAUAUCUACACAAAAUACUCUGUCAAAGUGAAACAAUUCUAACAUUUGUAAAACAUUUAUGAAAAAGAAAACACUAAUCUUGAUUACUUAAAUAUUCAACCCCCAAUACAUGUUAGAAUCACCAUUGGCAGUGUUUACAGCUGUGAGUCUUUCUGGGUAAGUCUCUAAGAGCUUUGCACACCUGGAUUGUACAAUAUUUGCACAUUAUUAUUUUAAAAAAUCUUCAAGCUCUGUCAAGUUGGUUGUUGAUCAUUGCUAGACACCUAUUUUCAUGUCUUGCCAUAGAUUUUCAAGCCAAUUUAAGUCAAAACUGUAACUAGGCCACUCAGAAACAUUCACUGUUGUCUUGGUAAGCAACUCCAGUGUAUAUUUGGCCUUGUGUUUUAGGUUAUUGUCCUGCUGAAAGGUAAAUUUGUCACCCAGUGUCUGUUGGAAAGCAGACUGAUCCAGGUUUUCCUCUAGGAUUUUGCCUAUAAUUAGGUGUAUUACGUUUCUUUUUAUCCUAAAAAAUCUCCCUAGUCCUUGCCGAUGACAGGCAUACCCAUAACAUGAUGCAGCCACCACCAUGCUUGAAAAUAUGAAAAUUGGUACUCAGUGUUGUGUUGGAUUUGCCCCAAACGUAACACUUUCUAUUCAGGACAUAAAGUUGAUUUCUUUACCACAUUUUUUGCAGUUUUACUUUACUGCCAUAUUGCAAACAGAAUGCAUGUUUUGGAAUAUUUGUAUUCUGUACAGGCUUCCUUCUUUUCACUCUGUCAAUUAGGUUAGUGUUGUGGAGUAACUAGAAUGUUGUUGAUCCAUCCUCAGUUAUCUCCUAUCACAGCCAUUAAACUCUGUAAAUGUUUUAAAGUCACCAUUGGCCUCAUGGUGAAAUCCCUGAGCGGUUUCCUUCUUCUCCGGCAAGUGAGUUAGGAAGGAUGCCUGUAUCUUUGUAGUGACUGGGUGUAUUCAUACACCGUCCAAAGUAUAAUUAAUAACUUCACCAUGCUCAAAGGGAUAUUCAAUGUCUGCUUUUUUCCUUUUUUUUACCCAUCUCCCUUUGCGAGGAAUUGGACAACCUUCCUGGUCUUUGUGGUUGAAUCUAUGUUUGAAAUGCACUGCUAAACUGAGGGACCUUACAGAUAAUUGUAUGUGUGGGGUACAGACAUGAGGUAGUCAUUCAAAAAUCAUGUUAAACACUAUUGCACACAGUGAGUCCCAUGCAAAUUAUUAUGUGACUUGUUAAGCACAUGUAUACUCCUGAACUUAUUUGGGCUUGCCAUAACAAAGGGAUUGAAUACUUAUUAACUCAACAUUUCAGCUUUCAUUUUUAAUAAAUUUGUAAAAAUGUCUAAACAUAAUUCCACUGACAUUAUUGGCUAUUAUGUGUAGGCCAGUGACACAAAUUAUAUUUUAAAUUCAGCUGUUACACAGCAAAAUGUGGAAAAAGUCAAGGGGUGUGAAUACUUUCUGAAAGCACUGUAUGAGGUUGCUUCAACAUUAGAGAAUUAGAUUGAUUACUGUGUGUUUCCGUCAGGUACACGGCUGCUUGCUCCAGGCUGCUGGUGCAGUACAAGGCUGCUUUCAAACAGGUCCAGGGAUCUGACGUGGGUUCUAUCGAUGACUUCUGCAGGAAGUACAGAGUGAGUUUAUAUCAGUCACACUGCUUUGAGUGGAGUGCAGCUUUUGCAGAUAGAUGUAAUCCACUCAUUGUAACGUAUAGUGUCUGAUCCCAGAUGUGUACGUGCUUUAGCCAUCGGCUGGCUGCUGAACUCUAGAACAAUAUGUGAAUGAGUACAUUGGUUUGAAUGUCAUAUUGUUCUCCUCUCCCUUCUCUUGUAUAUCAGCUUGACUGCCCGCUAGCUAUGGAGAGAAUCAAGGAGGAUCGUCCAAUCACCAUCAAGGAUGACAAGGGCAACCUGAAUCGCUGCAUUGCCGAUAUCGUAUCGGUAGGUCUCUUCGCCAUGCCCAUGACAUUAAACACUGACUGAGUGAUUUCAAACGCUGGGUUCACUGAGUUUUUUGCCAACAUUGAAGUAUUUGCGGUCCAAUAUCGAUUUAAUAAUAAAGUGCGUUCUGUUCCGGCACUAAGUAAUUCUCUUAAUUUUACACAUGUUCUGGCUCAUCCCAGAACACUGUGUGUUGGUGCACCCUUAAGUGCCACAGCAAAUUACCAAGAUCUAACAGGGCCACUGAACAGAGAGGAACUACUUGAUAGGCUGGCAGCAUAGGAGAGAUAUAACACUCAAACUCUUUCAUAAGAUCAGACUGGUAGGAAAGGGAAAGGAAAGGGGGAUACCUAGUCAGUUGUACAACUGAAUGCAUUCAACUGAAAUGUGUCUUCCACAUUUAACCCAACCCCUCUGAAUCAGAUAGGUGCGGGGGACUGCCUUAAUCGACAUCCACGUCAUCGGCGCCCGGGGAACAGUGGGUUAACUGCCUUGCUCAGGGGCAGAACAACCUAUUUUUAGCUUGUCAGACCACACAUUUGAAAGUGUGUGAUUGUUCUGCAGUAAAUUUCAGGUUGCUGACAGACAGUGAAAUAGCCAGUUACGCUUACACAUUAUUGUCCUUCAUCUCUGUUUCUCCUCUGUUAACCCCAGCUCUUUAUCACGGUGAUGGACAAGCUACGUCUGGAGAUCCGGGCCAUGGAUGAGGUAAAUAGAUCAGACUGAGACAAGUGACAAUGAAUAUCAACAUAUCACCUCUAAAGUAAUUAGGGCUUGGAAAGCAUUUUUUAGCAAAAUAUAUAAUGUGAUUGGUCAAAAAAUGAAUAAUUGGGCAAAAGAUCAGAAUUGGGCUGCCUGUGUAAACGCUGCCAUAUAACCUGUCAGGUAAAGUGGUUAGGAACAAUACCUGACCCUAUGUUUAAUUGACUGAUUGAGUGGUUUGAAUUGAUCAGAUCCAACCAGACCUGAGAGAGCUGAUGGAGACCAUGAACAGAAUGAGCAACAUGCCCCCAGACAAUGAGGCCAAGGACAAAGUCACCCUCUGGUAAAGAUAUACUUCACUUACACACAUUUAGGGCUGGUUUCCCGGACACAGGUUAAGCCUAGUCUUGGACUAAGAAGCACUUUCAAUGGAGAAUCCUCAUUGACCAUGCUUUUUAAUAUAUGACUAGGCUAAAUCUGUGUCCGGGAAACCGGCCCGUAUUGUCUUAACAAUGACAGAGUAGGCGUAACACUAAAUUAGUAUAGUAAUUCAGAAGGUAAAGAGUUGUGUGUUCUCCUCUGUAGGUUGACCACUCUCAGCAGCAUGUCAGCCUCUGAUGAGCUGGACGACUCCCAGGUUCGCCAGAUGCUGUUUGACCUGGAGUCCGCCUACAACGCCUUCAACCGCUUCUUACACUCCUCCUAA